AUGCCUUGUGUUACCUUUAACUGUAAGAGUACUGCUUUUGUGGCAAUCUUGCUGUUUUACUGCCAAAAGCUAGCUGCAUUUGUGCCAAACUUUGGUGGCGUGUCUCGUACAGAAAGAACAUUCUUUCGUUACUACGAAAGUAAGGACUCCCCUUACCUUUUUCAACUUUACAUGUCGGACCCUGUUCCCGUCCCGACUCCCGAUCCUACCGUUCCGGAUCCUCCUGGCCCAGCGCCGGGUCCGGUACAGCCUAUUCCGGAUACACCAGGAUUGCCUCCGGAGCCUGCAUGGCCGACACCAGUGCCGAUGCCUGACGUGCCGCCGGUGGGGCCACCAGUCUCCGUACCGACUCGGGGACCUCCUGUUAUGUUGUCCUGA